AUCAGUUCGCUGUACACCGACCUAAAGCAACAAACAAAUCGACAACAUGAAUGCUUUGAUCGCAAUCACCUUCGCCUUCUUGGCCGUCUCCGCAUCCGCCGCUCCCUCAGGUCAUGGCCUCGUCUGGGGAGGAAUCAACCCCCACGCCCUUAGCCCAAUCGGACCUUCUGGAAUCGUCACCGGACACGGAGCUUCUGGACCAUCCGGCGUGGUGACCGGAGCUGGCGCCGCUGGACCUUCUGGAAUCGUCACUGGUGCUGGACCUAUCGGACCCACUGGACCAGCUGGACACGGUGUUGUAGCUGCUGCUCCUCUCAUUGCUGCCGCCCCCGUUGUUCACGGUGCUUCAUGGGCCGCUGCCGCUCCAUGGGCUGCCGCUGCUCCAGUAGCCGCUCUUGGACAUGGUGCUUGGGGUCUUGGUGGUCAUGGACUCGGUUUGGGUGCUCAUGGUUGGUGAAUGGUCGAGAACUGAGAACUUUUGUACAGUAAUUUAAAUAUAUGAAAAUUUCCUACACAA